AUGCCGCCCAGUCGUUCCGCCGCCACCCCAGAGCGCGGGUCUGCGCCGCUGCUCGUGACGGUCAUGAAGGACAACGCAGAGCUUAAGGCGGCGCUGGUGUGCAAGACGACGGAAGUACGCGCGGCGGAGAAGGCUUUGGAAAUACUGGCCGCAGAAGCGGAGGGGCUGGAAACGAUGAGGGAUGAGCUGGCGACGGCGCAGAGAGAGCUGCAGGCGGUGACACAGAGGCUUCAUGCAGCGCAGGAUGAAAUCGACCUCCUGCGGGCAACGAUGAGGCAGCGGGAUGAUGCUCUUGAUGAUCUGGAGCACGAAACUAGGAUGUUGCGCGAUGAGAAUUGGCACUUGAGAAGUGCUCGGGAAGAGGAGCGAUACAAAAGCACUCACCAACUGCGCACCAGCGGCCACACCCAUAUCCCAGAACCUCUCCCGUCUUACACACCCAUGCUCCUUCAAGCUACACGGAUAUGGACUCCAGCCGGUGUGAAGCCGAUGGAAGCCACUCAGGCGGCACGCACGAUCGUGAUCUCCGUCAAGACAGGUUUUCCCCCCGCGAACACAAUCGGAAAGUUCGAUGGGCCGGCCGACAAUGUAGACCUUUCGCAAGCUCCCCACCGCAUCCGUCCCUUGCUAUUCAUCCCGGGCCGCAUCUUGUGGUCAAGAGCCAGGGGAGGCCACGCAAUCGCUUACGCGCCAACCCACGAAUUUGUGAACGGCAUCUGGCGCCCGCACUCGCACCUGACAUCUCUCGCGUCCCCUUCUCUGGAGGUUGAUUUGCUCUGCCAUCAACAGGAUCGCCUUUAUUACAUGGGCGUAUACCGUGUGCUCAGCCUCCGCAGCGUCCCGGGUUGCGUUGCCGUGGGCGACAUCCCGCCCGACAUCUCUCGCUUUGCUGUCUUUCGCGCCAUGCGGGUCCGCCAACAUGACCUUGAGGACACGCUCAAGCUGGCUCAGAACCCGAAGUUCGCCGCUACCACCGGCCCAGGCCGGCCGACGGUCGAGAGUUUCGGCCUGCAGCUUCUGGGGUAUGAUGACGGAGUGCGGGAUAUGCUAAGCGUGUACUUCCGCGGCGUCGGCGCAUGUGAGCCGGCGAUAAAGGCGACGCCGAUGGCGCAGACACAGUUCAAGGUUUGGAGUGGCCCGAAGAGGAAGUGGGAUCCCUCGGACAGUCAGAGGGACACUGAUGCCGCCGCGCCGGAUCGGAAGAAGGGAAAUUGGACUCGCAGCGAGGGCACGUAG